AUGAUAUCUACUCGUGAGGCAUGUGUAGCUGUUAGUAGCGACAUAAUAUUUUUGGAAAUACCACUAAAUGUUUUGGGGAUAUUUUUUAAUGUAUGCAGUAAGAAGAAUCCAUCAAAAAUGACAACAUCAAAACGUCUUGGUACGUCUUCACAGUUGCCUUUAAAAUUUCAACCAUUGCUGAUUUCUGAGUUUUAUGUAUUGUACCAUCUUCAUGACAGUUCUCGCACGCUCUUAGCAGCUGUCCCCUCGCCUGUCAAUGUCUUAUGCUGUUCAAAAUCGCCUGGCAUUGUACAUAUUUACCCUCGCCUGUCAAUGUCUUAUGCUGUUCAAAACCGCCUGGCAUUGUAAAAAUUUACUCU